UCAUCAUCAUCAUCAUCAUCAUCAUCAUCAUCAUCAUCAUCAUCAUCAUCAUCAUCAUCAUCAUCAUCAUCAUCAUCAUCAUCAUCAUCAUCAUCAUCAUCAUCAUCAUCAUCAUCAUCAUCAUCAUCAUCAUCAUCAUCAUCAUCAUCAUCAUCAUCAUCAUCAUCAUCAUCAUCAUCAUCAUCAUCAUCAUCAUCAUCAUCAUCAUCAUCAUCAUCAUCAUCAUCAUCAUCAUCAUCAUCAUCAUCAUCAUCAUCAUCAUCAUCAUCAUCAUCAUCAUCAUCAUCAUCAUCAUCAUCAUCAUCAUCAUCAUCAUCAUCAUCAUCAUCAUCAUCAUCAUCAUCAUCAUCAUCAUCAUCAUCAUCAUCAUCAUCAUCAUCAUCAUCAUCAUCAUCAUCAUCAUCAUCAUCAUCAUCAUCAUCAUCAUCAUCAUCAUCAUCAUCAUCAUCAUCAUCAUCAUCAUCAUCAUCAUCAUCAUCAUCAUCAUCAUCAUCAUCAUCAUCAUCAUCAUCAUCAUCAUCAUCAUCAUCAUCAUCAUCAUCAUCAUCAUCAUCAUCAUCAUCAUCAUCAUCAUCAUCAUCAUCAUCAUCAUCAUCAUCAUCAUCAUCAUCAUCAUCAUCAUCAUCAUCAUCAUCAUCAUCAUCAUCAUCAUCAUCAUCAUCAUCAUCAUCAUCAUCAUCAUCAUCAUCAUCAUCAUCAUCAUCAUCAUCAUCAUCAUCAUCAUCAUCAUCAUCAUCAUCAUCAUCAUCAUCAUCAUCAUCAUCAUCAUCAUCAUCAUCAUCAUCAUCAUCAUCAUCAUCAUCAUCAUCAUCAUCAUCAUCAUCAUCAUCAUCAUCAUCAUCAUCAUCAUCAUCAUCAUCAUCAUCAUCAUCAUCAUCAUCAUCAUCAUCAUCAUCAUCAUCAUCAUCAUCAUCAUCAUCAUCAUCAUCAUCAUCAUCAUCAUCAUCAUCAUCAUCAUCAUCAUCAUCAUCAUCAUCAUCAUCAUCAUCAUCAUCAUCAUCAUCAUCAUCAUCAUCAUCAUCAUCAUCAUCAUCAUCAUCAUCAUCAUCAUCAUCAUCAUCAUCAUCAUCAUCAUCAUCAUCAUCAUCAUCAUCAUCAUCAUCA